AUUGAUCAUCUCCUCAACAAAGGUGCUACUGUGAUUCUCAUCCAUGUCAAGAUUAACUCUAAUUCCGCGCCUUCUUUCACCCCAAGAUCAUUCACCGGAUUCAUCACCGGUAAAGAAUCUAUUGGCAGAGAACCUGAUGCCCAAAACAAAAGCAUUUUCCUCCCAUAUCGCGUCUUCUGCACACGGAAAGAUAUACAAUGCAAGGACGUCCUAAUAGAAGAUGUAGACGUUGCCAAAGCGAUAGUCGAAUAUGCCACUCAAGCAGGAAUUGAGCAUUUGGUUCUUGGAUCUUCAUCCAAAACCGGUUUGCUCAAAAGAUUCAAGGUAUCCGAUAUCCCAGGAUCAGUAACGAAAGGUGCACCAGAUUUCUGUACAGUCUAUGUUGUUUCCAAAGGGAAGAUUCAAUCGAUGCGAUCUGCUUCCCGUCCUGCUCCACCAUCUGUUGUUCAGCUUAGUUCAGAACAAACAAACUUACAAGUGCAGAUGCCUCCAGGUUGGAGAGAGCAUGAAAGGUUCUCUUAUGAGGGAACGCCACAUAGAUCGCAGGAGGGAACAACAGAAUUCCGGUCUCCAUUCACUAGGAAAGGAUAUCAUGAUAGGUACACGGAACAUUCUGCACCGGAUCUUGACAUAUCCUUUGUAAGUAAUGGUAGGCCAAGCUCAGAACGGAUGGUCCCCUCGUUUUAUACUGCAGAAACAACAACGUCCUACUCCAACCCUCGGUUUUCAUAUUCCUCAGAACCAGAUANNCCAUCUAUCAUCUCGUUCGAGAAUGUUUCCCCUUCUACAUCUGCAGCUGUGGAUGAUAUAGAGGCUGAAAUGAGAAGACUGAGGUUGGAGCUCAAGCAAACAAUGGAAAUGUACAACACAGCGUGUAAAGAAGCACUAACAGCACAACAGAAGGCGGUAGAACUUCAGCGUUGGAAACUGGAAGAAGAGAAGAAAUUGGAAGAGGCAAGGCUUGCAGAGGAAGCCGCGUUGGCGAUAGCAGAAAACGAGAAGGCAAGAUCUAGAGCAGCCCUUGAGGCUGCUGAAGCACAAAAGAGGAUAGCAGAGUUGGAAGCACAGAAGAGACUAAAUGCAGAAAUGAAAGCAAUUAAAGAAGCAGAAGAGAAGAAAAAAGCAAUUGAUGCUUUAUCACACUUAGAUAUUAGGUACAGGAAGUAUUCGAUUGAGGAGAUCGAAGCUGCAACAGAGUUUUUCAAGGAGUCACUCAAGAUUGGAGAAGGUGGUUAUGGUCCAGUUUAUAAGUGCUGUUUGGAUCACACGCCGGUAGCAGUGAAAGUUCUACGUCCUGAUGCUGCGCAAGGAAGAGCACAAUUUCAAAGAGAGGUUGAGAUACUAAGCUGCAUACGGCAUCCAAACAUGGUUCUUCUCUUAGGGGCCUGUCCGGAAUAUGGUUGCCUUGUGUACGAGUACUUGUCUCAGGGAAGCUUGGAAGAUCGCCUCUUUCGUCGUGGCAACACUCCCUCACUUUCUUGGCAGAUCAGGUUCAAAAUUGCUGCUGAGAUUGGCACUGGCUUGUUAUUUCUUCACCAGACAAAGCCGGAGCCUUUAGUCCACAGGGACUUGAAACCGGCGAACAUCUUACUCAACAGCAACUUUGGGGCCAAGAUCAGUGAUGUUGGUUUGGCUAGGCUAGUCCCUCCAUCUGUGGCCGACAGCGUGACACAAUAUCACAUGACAUCUGCGGCCGGAACCUUCUGCUACAUCGACCCUGAGUACCAGCAGACAGGAAUGCUUGGGGUGAAAUCAGACAUAUACUCCCUUGGAGUCAUUUUUUUGCAGAUUUUGACAGCAAGACCACCAAUGGGUUUGGCGCAUAGCGUCGAAAGAUCCAUUGAGAAGGGGACUUUUGAGCAGAUGCUUGAUCCAACGGUGCCUGACUGGCCAAUAGAGGAGGCCAUGAGCUUUGCAAAGUUGGCAAUCCGGUGCGCCGAGCUACGAAGGAAAGACAGGCCUGACCUGGCCAAGGAAAUCUUGCCAGAAUUGAACAGGCUAAGAGACUUAGCUUAUAAAGACAAUCCAUUUUUUGCGGUUGGUAACUCUCUCGACGCACCGUCGGAGGGCCAAGUUUCUCUGAAUAUGGAUUCAGGUCCCUCUAGUUAACACAUUAACUGGUGUUUGAACAAGAAAAUUGAAAAUUCCUUCGUUGAUUUGUACAUUAUUUAGGUGAAUGUAUGUAAUAGCUUGAUUCUUCAUUUUUAAAAUAUGCAUCAAAAUGAUUGGUGAAAUGAGCAAACGUAAGAUUUGAUUUAUAUAUUAA